AUGGGAACUACAGGUCAGGCCACGUACAUGGAAGACCAUGUUGCUCGCCUGCAAGCUGAGAUAGAGCGCACGACGAGACGUCUCGAGAUGGAGAAACGGAAGUUACAUGAACUGGGAGAGAACUCGCGAAAAGCGCAACACGAGUAUAAUGACAAGAGACUGCGGUACUCUUUCAAUAAGGCUGAUGCUAGGACAAAGGCGCGCAAGGCGGAGCACAACCUGAUACAGCUUGAAAACAGACUUGCUCAGGCCCUAGUAAAGUACAACUCUGCGAACAAUGAAAUAAAUACAGUGAAAGCUACCAUCGAUAAACAUCGCAGGGAUCGGCUCUCCAUGCAAAAAGUCUUUAAACAAGUAUCUCGAGAACUCUCCGAGCAAGCUGAACAGUUGAAUGAAAUGAAAGAAAGGGUCGUGCAAAUGCGAGAGUGGGAACAGCAGACUACAAAGCGAAUGGAGGAGCUUACGAAAAUACAGGAGCAAGAGAGAGAAGAGUUCAAGGAGAAAUGCUUGGUGAUGCAGAAGGAACUGCGAGAACAAGAUCGUCUGCUCAAGGAAUUUGACAUCCGUGCACACAGAGAAUCUUCGAAUCAGCGCGCGCAGAUGAGGGGCACUCCAUACAGUCUAGCUGACGAAGAGCAGAAGUUCAAUCCAGAGAGCCUCAUGAAGCUCAUUCUGAAGACAGCGCUUCUCAACGCUGUGCAACGCCAUAGCAUCAAGCAGCACAGAACGAAAAUUGCAGUUUUUGAGCGCGCGAUGGAAAGCAUUAAAACCUCGACCGGUAUCUCUGAUCCGGCAGAGAUCGUGGCUAUAUUUUCGCAGUUAGAGGAGAGGAACUACAGCAUCAUGACAUACGUAAACACCUUGAACUUUGAGCUCGAGGCCAUCGAAGCGAAGAAACGUGACCUCGAGGCGCACAUUCAGCAACAGGCCCAGCACGAGGCAGCUGCGCAGCAGGUGACAGACGCUACGCUUCGUAAUGAGGCCGCGCAGAUCUCGAAGAUGGUAUUCUCAACAGCUGGCAAGAACGCCAUUGUUCAGCACCAGCUGCACUACCUCUCCCAGGCACACGCCAUUUUACAAGACGCUGCAGCCCUGGUUGGCGGAGCCUGGAGCGACCGCCUCUGCAUCGGAGGCGAGCCUCCACCUCCCGGAGCGGUAGAUGAAUGCGCUGUCGCAGCCACUUCGAUGGCUGCCGAAGGCCGAAGCUCGGCAUGUCAGGCAUCGUGCAGCGGGCUUCAGCCAGGCGAGCAAUCGGAGACCGCCGCUCCAAAAGACACCGGUGGCAGCGGAAACGCUAACAAUAUACUUCCCCUGCUUUGGUACAUCGAGAAGUUUAUCCUGGACAACAAAAGCACCUUGCGCUCGGCUCCUCGAGUCGCUACUCCUCCGGGGGCGGCCGAGUCAGGUGAAUGCGCAUCACCGGUGGCGCGUCAUCCACUGGCCGCCUCUUCACUUCCUGGCGGGAUCCGGCGUGGCGGCGGCUGCAAGAGUCCCGAGUUCGCUUCUUUGCCGUCGGGGGCUAGCCUGACUCUCACUGCCAGCGACGCCUGCCCUGAGCGUUCAACUGGAGGCCGGGCUCUGUUGCCUGCAAGUCGGAAAACCGUAAGCAGCCCAGGCGCCUUUUCUAGUCGCCAACCGGGCCACAAUGGGUCCUGCCGGGGGGGGGGACCGUGUUGCAGCUCUCCCGCGGUUCCCAGCGGCGGAGUGAGAAAUGCAACCGGGCAGUCGACCCCCGAUGGAAACGCGAGUGGGACGUGCAGCAUUGAAGCGGGCUGCACGAAUUCCAAAUACGGCUCAAGAGACGCAGGCAAAACCGACAAGCCUCAGCAGUUAGACGGUAACUGUGGGAGUCGAUUCAGACUGAGCAGCAUAACGGGACCGGAAGGCGGUGACGGCAGCUCAGGCAGCGACCUCAAAGUCACAGCGACAUCGCCGCCUCAGCUAGCCAGCCCAGCAGAUGGGCCACGUCCAGCUGGAGCCCCGGCUCGCGGGGACAUCAAGCUCUCAUCCUCCCGCGCAGGUCACGUGUCGCCACGAGGGGCGAUGACAGCCGGAGAAGACGACGUUGACGGCGAUGACGGGGGGACGGAGUCAGAAAGAGGGGGCGGCGACGUGGGCUUUGGAGACAGGCCCCUGAGCAUUGGAGAAUUGAGGGAGCGGACCAUUCACGCACUGAACAGACAGAGGCGAAAACGAGGCGAGGGGGCUGGAACCCUGUGUAUCACAGAGAAAAUGUGUCUGCUAGCUGCCCCGAUUCUCGAUCCUGCAGCUCUCCGCGCGGCGUCGCUCCGUUCGCAUCCGCGACCACCGAGUGGAGAUCUGUCGGCCUCAGAGUCGCCACCACCGCCGACAGGCGCGGGCAGCACGGACUCCGGUUCCGCCAGUCACACUGCGAGACGGGGCAGCUCUGCACAGAGUCGCGAAGAAGAAAAAGACCCCAGACCCGAUGGGGAUCAGGGCUCGGAGUCUGGAAAGUCUCUGUCUUCGGCCACGGCACGGGGGGGCACACGAAACUCCCGUCGAGCCGCAAGAACGGUCAGUACGUACACACCAUCGCAUAGGGCGCUGCUGUUUCGGAACGCGCGGGGCAAGGAUAAACAGUUCGUCCUGCUGUCAUCAUCAAAGCGAAAAUCAAAACAUCAGGGUGCCAGUGCGGCUGGCGACCCUGCCGCUUCUUCUUUGGAGAUUCAAACGCAUUCACCGGCGUCUGCCAGCGAGCCAACGCGGAGAGAGAUCCAGGCUCCACGCUCAAAUCCAGGCAACAGGAAAGGCACUGGCGUGCAUGAGUCAGGGCCUGCGAACCCACGAGUCGCGUGCAAAGCCGGCACACCAGACAGGAUGGGCGAAGUGUGUGGGGAGCCGACGGAUGCCGCAGACUCUUUGGCAUUGGCAGCCGCAGCAGAAGAGGCGCCAGCCACGCCCGCAAAGGGUGCGGAUGCAGGCGAGGACGCAAAAAGAGAGGAUUCCGCGCCAAGCGAGGCAGAGCAGGGGGAAGGGCAGGAGAUGGAGGGCGUGCGUGCAGAGACGUCGCGCACAGACAACGGUCCUGGAGAGUUCGCUGAAGAGGAAGAAAACGCGCAAGAUGAAGGCAACGAAGAAACCCUAGAGCCGGACGACAGCAUGUCUGUGACAUCUGCCGUAGCCCGGCGAAAUUACGACGCUGACAUGGAAGAAGACAAUGAAUGCAACGGAUGCGGGUCUAUUUGCCAGGAUUGUUCAGAAGAUACGCUAGGCCCACGUGAAGAAGACAUUGAGGAACAGCACGCGAGAAAGGCAGAAUGCAACUCCGCCGGUGAGUACGACACGCAGGCACGAGUAGACAUUCUUGAAGGCGGACAUGCACACAGGGACAUAGGGCGAGAGGGAGGCGAUGAACAAGGCGGCAAAGAACACGACUCUGGGACACAAGGCAGCCCGCGAAGCGAGCAGACUGACGACCCAGACACAGAGAAGCAAGCUACCGUUGGUAAUGCGCCUGAAGAGAGAGAUCCCGAACCAAAACCAAAUACGGAAAACAAACAAGAGAUACCACUAUGUAGUGAAGAGAGCGAAAACACUCCGUCACACACCUCAACGCCUCAGCCAAGCUGUUCCUCUGACGCGGCGAGCCAGAGCCCAGCUGAUGAACUCUCCAGCGCCCUCGGCCGCAAUAGGGACAUGAGCCAUGGCGGUGAUGCCGAUGAUGAAUCCUGCAUGCUAGGCGCGGAACCGGACUUACAGAAGGACGCCGCUCAGCCCCCGCCGCCCCUGUCCACUGAGACUCCCCCCUCUGAAGAGCUUUCUUCCGAUCCAGGAGCGUCAUCUGCGACGGAUACAGACCCGCAGAUAUCAGCGUCUGCGUCCCACCAGUUGGCCUUCACGGGUGCUGAAGCGGACGAACCCUGUUGCUUCGCUCAGCAUCCAGAGGAGGAGCCGCACAGCGACCCGCCGGCUCCAUCGACGCCUACGUCCUCAGCGAAGAAGCUUUCCGGCACGUACGAGACUGCUGCAGAGGACAGUCCGGCGCAGGGCGCCCGGCGCAGCACGGCGGAGCUUGUCGCACGCGCACGCUCUGGCAUUCGGAGCGCUGGACAGCGCGCAAACGACGCCAGCGAGCCAGUCUCACCUCCCCAGCAGGGCCUGCUCCCGCACAACACUAGCGAAUCCGACGAAAACGUGUUGACGCCGCCGGCCUCUUUUUCAUCUUCACCAACGCCGCCUCGAUCCAACCAUGGCAGCCGCCCCCUGACGCCGGUCGCUUGGCAUCCACGCUUGUGGCUAGGCGAGCCCACGAACGCCUCCAACGACGGGCGACCCGGAAGUGCCGUGAACGCUGCGCAUGACAGCAAUGCGAAAAUGCAGCAUUUCUCACAGGACCUCGCGCUGUGUUCUGGGGGAAGCCGCAGCAGCGGAGAUGAUGCUUCUGGUCGUCUUCCUCAGCCGGUAGAUGCCAGCCUGCAGGCGGGUGCGCAGGACAACGAGGCCGACGCGGGCACCCGGCGGAUGGCGAGUGAGAGUCGCGCAACGAUAAAGGAGACCAAGGCACGUGAGCCCUGCGAAAGCGCCACACGCCGUCACCUAACCGAUACUCCUCUCCUCGAGCAGGGCACGAGACCAACUUCGGAGGAGGAAGAACCGACACCCGCUGCGGCGCCCGCGCGGCCGCCAUCCCCGUUCCCGCGCGUUCCAGAGGGCAUGCAGCGCGCCAAGGCGGCGCGACCACUGCCAGUCGGGCCCCCGUUCUCUGCAGGAGCGACGUGCUCCAGCGAGGCUCCAAGCCGCUUGAGCCUACGGCCGCCCUGUACACGGCCAUCGUCGAGCCCGUCUCCCGGUACUCCACGAAACACAGGGGGGAUGGUAUCUCAGCCUGCUGCCCGAUUCGUCCCUCCGCCGUGGCGCGCUGUGCCACCGCCGCGCAUGCCGCGACCGCUUUGUCUCGCGAGCCCGAAAACCCAGGCCGAAUUCCUCGCGCUCGACGAGAUGCCGCCCUGUCCUCUGGCGCCUUCAGAGGAGGAGCCCGACGAGCAACGCGAAUCAGGAAUGGGGGCUGAGGUGAGGGAUCUGACAGGGCCAGCCUGCCCACAUCCUCCGCCUAGCGACAGCGGAAAAGGCUCCGAGAAGCUGCAGCUUACCCGGGCGGAUUCUGGCGAUGGAGGGCCCGAGCCGUCACCUGCCGUUGCACAUCACUCCAACACUCGCAUGGGCGAGACGAGCCGCGAGCAGGAGGGAGGCAGCGGGCCCCUGAGCUCCCCAAGUCGACCCUCAGGCCCUCCGUAUCCGUCUCUGCACCUCUCGCCGUCUUCCGGCACGCGCCCCGGACCCCCCGAGGCGACCUUCCGGCGCUCACCGACCCCCCACGAGAUGCCUCUUGACGCAGUCCCCCCACCCUCCUCAGCGGAGAAGCCAGUCGCUCUUCCCGCGAGAGCCUCUGAAGGAGGCGGAGAGCUGCCUGCCGACAGCGAAAGGAAGAGUCCCGAGGCGACAGAGAAGUGCAGCAAGGUGGUAGCUCAAAGCGCGACCAGCGAGGUCUGCCGAGGAGAAUGCCGCGCAGCGAACGCUGUCCUGUCGGGGGUCGGAUGCGAACUCCGCCCUGAAGAGCGCGCGCGUGUGUUCGAGAAUUUGUCUGAGGAGUCCCCGGAGAAUGACUCGAAGGACAAGGGGCUAGAAUCGCCUCUGCGGCUCCCUCGGGCGUGCGGCGCCUCGGUGCACAAUCUGGCGAUGCCUCCAGGCAUGCCACAUGAUCAUGCGCAGACCUCGACUCCUGAAUCGGAGCCCCUGAGUCCCCCGCGUCCCUCCGCUGCCCCCCGGCUGGAGUUGCCGCCGCUGCACUCGGACACGCAUCGCAUGUCUCCGCAGCCGUGUGAGGCAGUUGACACCGUCGGGGCCGCGCUGCAAACAGCGCCGGAUGAUGCUGCAGCGCUGGACGCGAGUGAGUCUGGGCCCCGGCCGGCGGCGUGCCCGACCCCAGAGAGCCUGCUAGCUGGGCGGACAAGGAGACCGCAGACGCAACCCGCCGGCGCGUCCCUGUCUCCCACUCGGCGCCUUUGCAUCCUUCAUCCGUCACUCUCGGUGCGAUUUCUUUCCGAAUCCGCCGGCAGUGAAAACGACCCCCAAGACCGCACAGCAGGCGUGACGCCUCCUGAACACGCGAGCGAACCUGAGCGGGCUGCGGGGACACCCACGCGCAGCAUCGGCGUGCGACGGAGCGCGACAGAGGGAGCCGCAUGCGCUCGACGCUCGCCUCUCGUCGCUCAGCGACCCACGCUGAGCGCCUUCUUUCACUUUCCAAAUGACUUGCCGGUCCCCGAGUACGAAGCGCCGCCGGGAACGCCUCCUGGCGGCUCGAGGCCAGCCACGGCCCCGAGGGGGAUUGCAUGGGGGAGCGGGCGAGGCGCGGGCGAAGUUGUCGCGGAGGCAGUCGUUGAUGGGAGCAGGAUUACAGCAAAAGUGAGCCGACCGAGGUCGGAUGGAAACUCAGGGAGCGGAGACAACGACGCAGUAGAAAGUCGAAAGAGCCACGAGGAGGAGAUACGAGGCAACGAAAGGGCAGCCGAGUCUGAAGAAGACGCCCACAGCGCCAGGGGAGGACAGCAGGAGACGGAGGAGGCGCAGAGUGCGGAAGCGAUGAACGGAGAAGGCAACGAGAUGCAUCCGGAGUCGGCCGUCUGCGUCGCGAGCCCGCUAGAGCAGAGACCUGACGAAAAUCGAGAAGCAGAAGACGAUGCGUGUGGCAAUGCACCAGGAGAGCCAGACGAAAUAGAACAGCACACACUGGGGCACCGGCACGGAAAUGAAGUAGAAGUGCACUACACAGACGAUGUAUUUAUGGCGCCCAGGGAGGCAGACAGCUCCGAAGAAGAUACUAGGAACAGACCGGACACGGCAGAGGGACGGGAAUGA